AUGGAUCAACCUCCAGAUGAUUAUAUGGAGCUUUCAAAUGAUAUAGUACGCACUACAGGAGGGUUGCCCUUAGCCUUGCAGGUUUUGGGUUCUGAUUUAUCUAUGGAAAAAGAUAAAGAAGUAUGGAAAAGCAUGCAUCGGAUGUUGGGACAAGUUCCUCAUAAUGAUGUCUACGGAAAGUUAAAGAUAAGUUAUGAUAAUCUGCAAGAUGAUAUUGAGAAAACCAUGUUUCUUGAUAUUGCAUGCUAUUUCAUAGGAUAUGAUGAAGAAAUGGUAAUUUCCAUAUGGGAGGCUUGUGGCUUUGAACCGAAAUACCGUUUAGGAGUUCUCAAGAGAAAAUCCCUCAUAAAGAUUACUGAAGUGCGUAUGGGUAAAGAUAUGUAUAUAAGUAAAUCAAAAGUGUUGUCGAUGCACGAUCAGAUUCGUGACAUGGGAAGGCGAAUUGCCAACAACCAAAGCCCUACGGAACCAGAUAAUUAUAGCAGGGUAUGGUCUUGUGACAAUAUCAUGAAGGUACUAAGCAGUGGUAAGCUAAGCAUGUGA